UCUCAAUACCAAGCAGUCGAUUUCACCGUAAAAUUAAAUCCAAAUCAUUGAUUAUCUCUAAACUUGUAAUUACUGCUUUGGCUGUCGAUAUGUAAACUCAUUAAUGUUUAUCGCCUCUAACUUUUCACGCGUUCGUGAAACGUGAUUCAAAGUUUAACCGAUCGGUAUUACUUUCACAAUUAACUGUCACAAAAAUGAGUGCUGUUUAAGUAUUUUAAUACCGUAAGAUGUCUGUGCUUAGUGUUUUGUUUUUGUUAUUAUUUUCUACAAGAUUGGUUUCCACUGAAGAAAAUUUGAGAACAAUAGGAGGUAUAUUUUACCAAGAUGCUGAAGAUAUGAAAGUCGCUUUGAAAAUUAGUGCCGAAAAUUAUAAUUUCUCUGUUUCGAUAAAAGAGGUGUCACAAAGAGGAGAAAUACUGGAAAUUGAGAGAUAUGUUUGCGAAUUAGCAGAGGAAGGAGUUUUGGGGAUCAUUGAUGGAAUCGGUGGACAUGCAAGUGAACAUAUCCAAGCUAUAACCGAUAUGCUGGAGCUGCCGCAUGUUUCUAUACAGCACAUUGAUUUAUUUGCAAAGAAUUGGUCCAUAAUAAAUAUCUUUCCCAGUCCUAUUGCCUACAAUAAAGUUUUAAAGAGUUUGGUAGAGACAAAGGACUGGAACAAUUUCACAAUAUUGUACAUCAGAGGGCAUAGUUUGUUGAGAGCAACAGAGCUGCUGAGAAUGGGCAACAGCAUUGACAAACGCUCCGUUACUAUAAGAGAACUCAACGGGAACGAUUACAGAGAUGUAUUAAUUGACGCCAAAAAAAAUGGCUGUGUGAACUUCCUGGUGGAUUGUCCGGCACGUAAUUUGGAACAACUUCUGCAACACGCGCAACAAGUUGGUUUAAUGGCUGAAGAGCACUCCUAUUUAUUCGUGUCGCCAGAUUUGUUUACAUUAGACUUGGAACGAUACAGAUACAGCGGCGUGAAUAUUACAGGGUUUCGUAUAAUAGAUCCAGCAGCUAACGAGGAUCUGUGGAAAUUCACAAUACAAUUCAAUACUGAAACAGUACAAAAUCUCGAACCGGUACAAAUUAAAACCGAAGUACUGCUUAUUCAUGAUGCGGUUGUGGUUUUUAAUGAAUCCCUGAAGAAAGUGAACGUUACAUCGACACAAUUGAGCUGUGACAACUACGACUCUUGGAAAUAUGGAUCGACGCUUAUCAACUUUAUGAGGACAAAUAGAGUGAAAGGUUUGACACGCUCCUUGAUAUUCGACGGAUUCGGACAGAGAAAUGAAGUUAUUUUCGAUCUGCUCGAGUUGACUUCGUCUGGUAAUCAAACAAUUGGACACUGGAUCGAUGACAAAUUAAAAAUAGAGAGACCUUUUAUCCCAGAUGCACAGAUCGGUGAAGAAUCUAUUCUGAAAAACAAAACGCUACGAGUAUUAAUUGCACCGACUGCACCAUAUGGAUAUGUAAAAAAUUGGCAUACAGCACUAGAAGGUAAUGACCGGUAUGAGGGAUUUGCCGUGGAUCUCAUUCAAAAACUAUCAGAUGCGCUCGGCUUUAAUUAUGAGUUCAUUUUAGAAGAAAAUUACGGUAGAAAGGACCCUGUAACACACAAAUGGGGUGGUAUGAUAUAUCAAUUAAUAACUGAAAAAGCUGACCUGGCCAUAUGUGAUCUGUCUAUAACAGCUGAAAGACAGUCUGUUAUCGAUUUUUCACAACCUUUUAUGACUCUUGGCAUCGGUAUUUUAUACAAGCGACCGAGUAAAGAGCCCCCUGAGAUGUUCUCGUUCAUGGCCGUCUUUUCUAAGGAGGUCUGGUAUUAUAUGAUGUUAAUUCAAAUGGGCUUAGGAGUAAUCAUGAUAUUCGUCGGCCGUAUAUCCCAUAAGGAGUGGCAGAAUCCAGUACCUUGUAUCGAACAACCAGAGGAAUUGAGCAAUCAAUUUAGUUUCGCCAACGCUUUGUGGCUCAUCAUCGGUUCUGUAAUGCAACAAGGAUCCGAAAUAGCGCCCAUAGCAUUAGCACCUAGAAUGAUUACUAGUGUGUGGUGGUUCUUCACAAUGGUGAUGGUGGCUUCUUACGUGGGUAUUCUUGUUGCUUUCCUCACAGUUCAGAAAGGUUCGAUGCCAUUUCAAUCACUCGAGAGCCUUUAUGAACACAAAAGUAUUUCUUAUGGAGCUAAAGAAAAUGGAUCCACUCAUUCUUUUUUUAUGGAUUCGCCGAAGACACUGCAUAAAAAAAUGUACGCAAGAAUGAAAGAGCAAGGAUGGCUUGUUCCACAAAAUGAUAUUGGCGUUGCGAAGGCUGAAACGGAACCCUACGCAUUCUUUAUGGAAUCAACAUCCAUAGAAUAUACAACGGAAAGACAUUGCGAUCUAAUGCAAGUAGGUGAUUUGCUUGACUCCAAAACAUAUGGCAUCGGAAUGAAAAAGAAGUCACCGUACAAAAGAUAUAUAGAUGAUGCUUUGUUAAUAUUAAAAGAAAAAGGUGAGAUACAAAAAUUGAAAGACAUUUGGUGGAAAGAGAAAAGAGGCGGCGGUAAUUGUGGACAAAACAGUGACGAGGAAGAACCACAAUUAGAAAUGAAGAACAUGGUCGGGGCAUUCGUCGUGUUAGGCGUGGGAAGUGUAUUCGGGCUCUUCAUAUCAAUACUGGAUAUGUUGUGGGGAGUCUUCAAACGAUCUGUUAAAUAUAGAACCACUUUCAAAUUCGAGUUGAUCGAAGAGCUGAAAUUCGUGAUCAAGUUCAGUGGAAGCGUGAAACCGGUGAAUCGAGUUCAGAAGCAGGAAGGCAGCUUGGAGAAUCUAGCCGAAGUGGCUGAAGGGAAAGAUGAAAUACGAUCGUUACGGUCGAUACGAUCCGGGAGAUCUACCGACACGCGUCGAACUCAUCAUUCGCAUAGUUCACGACAUUCGUCAAGAAGCCUGAGUGUAGCGUUCGCUAAGCGACGCGAAUACAGUUAGACUCUUCGAUUAUAAUCGUUUAACUAAUAAGAGUUAUAGUACAUUUUAAUCGAGUUAUUCCCUUUUUUUCCUACCCAACACUAGUACAUAAUGACCUAGUAAUGUAUUAAACAUUGUCGUAUGAGAAAUAAAACAUACCUUCUUUUUUAAUGUUAUGUAGAUGUUAAAUAAUAUAUACGGCAAAACGCCGUUUUACGUUUUUGUAUUUAUUUAUUUAUUUAUUAUAUUCCUCAUUUCAUUUGAGAUAUGAAACCGACAUGAAAACAGGUAAUAUUCUCAACAAAAAAAAUAAGUCGGCACAUUUCGUUCAAAGUUUGAAAAUUCUACCACCUAGUUCAGCAAUUGAAACUUUGUAAAAUAUACAGAAGUUUUUCGGAUUUUGUGGUGGGGAAAUUAUAAUAUCAUAGAAUAAGCAAAUAAAAGAGUCGCAUCAAAUUACUGCUUCGUCUGCUUCAACGACUUCGUUUGAUAACAGGCUGGAGGAAUACAAUUUGCCUAAUUCUGUCAUUAUCCCUAAAGAGCAGUUUUAUUAAAUUUAUUUUAUAAUUUCCAAAAACUUAUAUAACGCUUUCUAAUCACAUUUAACAAAAUUAGUAAAAAACAUUAUAAUCCACAAGAUGGCCCGAAUAAAAAAAUAACAGUAGAAUCAUAAAAUGGUAACUCCACUGCACGUCCACUUGAAAUUCACCCGAUAUAAAUUCAAAUCGUAAAUUUUAGUAAUACGAACAUGAAAUAUGUCUUGGGAACUAGAUUUAUAAGUUGACUUGAAACAUUAGACCAUUAGUCGUAGCGUCCGAGGCGAAAUGGACACCGACCUUUAGACCACAAUCGUUCACCGACUUACAUUAGCUUAACAAAUUGUCAGAGCAAAAAAACUUAUAACUUUUACACUGUGGGGUACACGGCGGGAUAUCGUUUUCAACCUUUUUCUUGU